AUGCCGUUGCCAUCGUCGGUCCAGUACUCGGGUUCUUUGAUCUCGCUGCUGGUCGUCGUCAUCGUCGUCUUCACCACUAUAAUACGGUCGUCAGCCGAGUCGUACCGCGUGGACAAGUAUUCACUGCUAAUGCCCAACGUCCAGCCCAAAAAGAAGGACUUGUAUUUGUGCACUCCUAUUAUGAUAGAUCCAAGCAAGUCUUACUUUAUUGUCGGUUUCGAGCCGAAAGCUCAUGGUAAUACAACACACCAUAUGUUACUUUAUGGGUGUUCAGAGCCCGGAAGCGAUGAUCCUGUUUGGAACUGUGGAGAAAUGCAAAUGCCAUCAUUAAGUAAACAUAAAGGGUACAUGCAUUCAAACCCAUGUAAAUCAGGAUUUAAUAUAAUGUAUGCUUGGGCUCGUGAUGCACCAACCUUAAGACUUCCAAAUGGUAUUGGGUUUAAAGUCGGAAGUGAUUCACAGAUCAAUUUUUUAGUCUUACAGAUUCACUACCAUAGGAUGUUUGAAGAUGAUGAAACCGACAACUCUGGGAUAUAUUUGCACUACACAGAACAACAAUUAGAUAAACAAGCAGGAGUAUAUUUACUAACUACAAAUGGAAUAAUCCCCCCAAAUUCGAUCGAACACAUGGAAACAUCGUGUCCUCUCAAAGAGAUUGAUAAAGUCAUACAUCCAUUUGCGUACAGGGUCCACACCCAUGAACUUGGUAAAAUGGUAGCUGGUUACAGAGUGAAAAAUAGUAAUGGAGUACAAAAAUGGGAUUUGCUAGGAAAACGAGAUCCCAUGACUCCACAAAUGUUUUACCCAAUUGAGAACAAUAUUACCAUCGAGUCUGGUGAUAUAUUGGCUGCCAGGUGUACAAUGGAAAGCAGGCGAAACACCUAUACACGAAUUGGCACGACAAGCGACGAUGAAAUGUGCAAUUUUUACAUGAUGUACUGGGUAGAUGGGACUGAACCUUUACAACAACACAUCUGCGUGUCGGAGGGAUCUCCACAUUAUUAUUGGUACAGGGAUCCAAAUCUGAUAAACAUACCGGACGAAGAAGUGUAA